GUUAUUUUUUGAAGAAAAUGUAGCUUUUUAUUUAAAAUGUGUGCUUUAGUUAACGAGUAAAUCUGUGCAAUCCGACAAAUAACUGUAAAAAUAGCGUCCCUUUAAAUAAUUAAUUUAAGAAUACAUACAUACAGAUGAAUUGAGAUGGAAUUGAAAGUAUGGGUAGAAGGCAUCCAAAGGAUUGUGUGUGGAGUUACGGAUGCGACAACCUGCCAAGACAUCGUUUUUGCGUUAGCACAUGCGACUGGCAAGACCGGACGAUUCACCUUGAUCGAACGUUGGAGAAAUAAUGAGCGAGCACUCGCACCCCAAGAGAACCCUUUGAAGAUUCUCAUGAAAUGGGGCCAAUAUUCGAGCGAUGUGCAGUUUGUUUUGCAACGAUCGGAGCAAAAACAGCAGUUACAGCAACACCCGCAAUCAAAACAACAGCUUCAGCGGCAGCAGGAAAAGGCGAUGCAAGAGGGAAAUCAUGUCAGACAAAGAUCCCUUCCAUCGACGAAUCCUUCAACAAUGACAAAUUCCAAUACAAAUGCCCGAAGUAAUCCUGCAUCUCCCGUAACGUCGCCAACGCUGGGUUUGUACAAUAAACGCGAUAACAUGAGCAUGCCGGCGUUUGUGCGCGAAGCCGAGACCAGAAAGAGCUUGACCACACAAGAUAGGCCCGUCGUUCGGAAUCUAAUGUCGCCGCAAAUGCAACACCGUCCAUUUAAUCCGCUCAUUUCGCCGCAUAAGUAUGCGCAUUCCAGUCCCGGUAGCAAUCACGAAUCCAGUCCCAUAAACCACAACGAGUGGCAUAAUACAUCGAAUGGCGAAGUGACAGCUGCCGACGUCCGGAACUCGUUAGAUCGAAAAGUGAAUAUGAAGCCAAUGCGUGGCGGCAUGAGUAGCAACGAAAACCUCCUUGCUGAAAACAACAACAUGAAUGGACAACAAAGUCCUUCGGUGUCGUCAAAUGGCUCAUUGGUCCCGCCGCCGUACCGAGAUCCGCCAGCGCCGCGUUCAAGUCCCCUGAUUAACAACAAAAGCAACCCCAUUUUGGAUCAGAACAUCGUCAACGGUCGACGAAUAGACUUCAACGAAAUGCCAAACGGUGUCAACGAUCAGCAGUACGGUCAAAAUGGGUCGCAGUAUCGCGACCUCGUGCAACUCAUUCAGUUUCAACGUGAUAAAAUUACUGUGCAACAAUCCGAUUUGACGAAAUACGAUGCGGAAAUUGUCUUUUUAGAGAACAAGUCGCGCGAACAACAGUUGCAAUUGGAAGCCAUCGUACAAGAAAUUAACAAAACCGAUAUUAUUUAUCGUCAAGGGAACGAUCAGCUACAAACGCUGGCAUAUGUCGAGGAGGAAAAUGAAUUAGUGAAGCAGCAGGAGAAGACUCUCAAGUCUGAAAUUACGUUACUUCGGAGCAAGCUGGCGAAUUGUGAGACAGAAUUGCUGCAGUGCAAGAACAAAAUUCGUCUCCUCAUGGAUGAGAUUCACUUGGAGCAGCGCUGCAUCAAUCAGGAAUUCAAUAAUAGACAACAAAUGGAACGCCAUCUUAUGCACGAGGUUGAACGAAUACAAUCUGACAUCGAAAUCGCGGCACAAACUUCCGAAAUGUCCAAUAAGGCAGCCGAAAACUUGAAGAAAGAUGUUGCGGGAAUCGAAAUGGCAAUAGCGGAGAAGAAAAAACAAGUUGAACAACUCGUGCAUCAAAUGAAGGAAGUAAAUUUGCAAAGCCUUGCUCAAGCUGCACCAGCGGAAGAAGUUAAAAAUUUGAUAGAAUCUUCCAUGAAACCCGGCAGCAGUCGUCGUAUUAUAGGAUCGCCUCGACAGUUGGAAAACGCGGUGCCGACUAGUAAGAAUCCUCACGGGGUUUGGGUGUAAAGAAAGUUUGAUAUUUUAGUAAUUUUUUUUUUUAAUCUUAAGACUAUAUUUUGAGUAUUAUUGUUGAAAAAAGACAUUUAUGCCAUCCAUUUUAAGCAUUCCGUAAGAAAAAAAACGAUCUCAAAAAUAUUCUUUCUAAUAUUUACACACGAAACAAAAAAAAAUUAGCCAGCAAUUAGGAAUAUACUAAGUUUGUUUAAAUUUAUGGACCAACACUUGCCUAUGCACUUACUUUAUAAAUAAAUUUUCUUGUUAGAACAUAUGAAUAGUUAGAGCAUGAUUAAUCAAAAGACAAAAAAAACGAACUAAAAUCCAAAAUUUGUAACCGAAAACAAUAAUAUGAACGAAAUGUUUGUACUUAAAAAGAUUGAAAAGUUUUUUAAAAAUCUAUUGUUGAAUUUUUAAAUAAAUAAUACUACUACUAAAUAUUAUGUAUCUAAACAAAGGAUCUAAAUGUAAAAUGUACUUAGAAUAGAAAAUUUUUAUCAGAUAAUGUCGUUACAUGCUUUCAAACAACCACCAACACUCACCAACUUAUAAAUUUUCUCCUCACAUAUCAAUCACAACACUAUCCAUCACUGGCCUAACACUCUGCAAAACAAUCGAUAGAAUCGAAUCAAGUACAAAUUCUCCAAGUUUUAUUAUUAUUUAUAAUUUGCAAAACUACUCUAUACUGUAAAAUCUCUAUUUACGGAGACAAGAUCUGAGCUUAUUUAGAUAAUAAUAAUUCUUUAAUGAUAUUUUAAUAUAAUAAACAUUUUACACUUUAAA